AACACAAUAACAUUGUAUUCGAUUUGUACCGUUCAUUUAAUUAUUUAAUUCAUAUAAUAUUAUAUUUAUAAACAUGACGACGAGGUCUUGCGCGUACAAGGACUGCGAAUAUUAUUAUGUUGGCCACGACAACGCGUUGGCCAAGGGAAGAACCCUGUUUGCCUUUCCCAAGCAACCGCAAAGGGCGAGAAUCUGGCACGAGAACGGUCAAGUGCAUCCAAAGAUUCCCCUAAGCCAGCUUUUUAUGUGCUCCCUUCACUUUGACCGCAAGUUCAUAUCCUCCUCCAAGAACCGAACGCUUCUCGUGGGUGAGGCUGUACCGUAUCCAUAUAAGGAAAACAGUCCCAAGACGGAGGAGGAGCCCCAACAAGUGGCUUCCACGUCGCAUGAGAGCUACUACAUAAAUCUCAGCGACGAUGAACUUAGCAUCAACAACGUGGACACAACCUCAAUUACCACAACUCUUAAGAAAGAUCUUGACAUAGUCGCCGACAUACCACCGGUCAAGCGCCCGAAGGAGUCGUCCAUUGUCAUUGCUCUUAGAGAAACUGCGAAAACGGAACCAAAUCCGAAUGCAGAACGAUUACGAUUAAGAGUAGAAGAUCAAGACAAUGUUGAUACUUCUGAAGUUUCCGUAUUUAACUUCAAGGGCCAAGAGUAUGUACAAAUGUCUAUGGAGUAUUAUUUGCAGGAAAAACGGAAAAUGGCUGAACUUUUACAUGACUACAGAAAUGUUUUAAAAACCAUUAAGGCACACGUGUCACACCUGGACCUAUGAAUUUAUUAAUGUAAUAGAUUUUCUAUCAAUUUACUGAACAUAUUUUAUGCAAUAAGCACCUGACGAAGUGUUUUAUUUAUUUAUUUAAACAUACUUAUAGAAUAAAAAACUGAUAUGUAUAAAUUAAA